ACCCACAGAAAGGGAUGAAGGCAUUCUGUUUUUCUGCUCUAUUUAUUACUGUUAUUAAUAUUGAUUGCUGUUAUUAAAUUUUAAUUGAUAGAUGGUAGAACUUCAAAUCUUUUUUAUCUGUUCUUCCGGUGGGUUGUUGAAGAGCUUUCAAUGCUCACAGCUCACUCUCCUUCCUCAAGCCAAGACCAUCACAAACUUUCAACCAUCUCCACUCAAAAGUCCUCGUAAACCACCUUCUGUGAACAAUAAGAAAAGUUGUCUUUUGGGUUUUUGGUCAAUGCAUCUCUGUUUGUGACCCCACUUCUGCUUCUUUCUUCUUCCUCUUUUGGGCUUCUGGAUCUCUAUAAAUUCAGCUGUCUUCUGGGUUCUUGCCACUUUCUCCAUGGUUGAACACAUGAAUUAAGUGUUUGGUUCUCUGACUUUCUUAUCUUUAUCCCUUUUAUCUUCUCGUCUCUUUUCCUUGCUGGGUUGGUGGAAGUAGCUCAGAUGGGUGAGAUCUCUGGAACUAAUGCUAAUUACGAGAAAUCCAUGGAAGGAGGAGUUGUGCUGAAUGUCAAAGACAGUGAAGUCCCAGUCCCUCAAGAGGUGGGGGAUCAGAAAACCAACGAAGAUAAAGGCUGUAGUCUCUCUGUACCUUUCUUGCAGAAGUUGAUUGCAGAGGUUUUCGGUACAUAUUUUUUGAUAUUUGCUGGGUGUGCGUCGGUGAUAGUGAAUUUGAGCAAAGACAAGGUGGUGACGUUCCCUGGGAUAUGCGUUGUGUGGGGACUAGUGGUGAUGGUCAUGGUCUAUUCCGUCGGCCACAUCUCCGGCGCUCACUUCAACCCCGCCGUCACCAUCGCCUUUGCAACUUGCCGGAGAUUCCCAUGGAAACAGGUGCCAGCCUACGUAGUCGCACAGGUCCUUGGCUCGACGCUUGCAAGCGGGACCCUUCGGUUACUAUUUGAUGGGAAGCCUGAGCACUUUUUUGGAACAAUACCAGCUGGGUCGAAUUUACAGUCAUUAGUUCUGGAGUUUAUAAUCUCUUUCUAUCUCAUGUUCGUCAUCUCUGGUGUCGCAACUGAUAACCGAGCGAUUGGUGAACUUGCUGGGCUGGCCGUGGGAGCUACUGUCUUGCUAAAUGUGCUUAUUGCAGGGCCAAUAUCAGGGGCAUCCAUGAACCCAGCCAGGACUUUGGGACCGGCGUUCAUAGCGAACCGGUUUGAGGGGAUAUGGGUUUACAUGGUUGGACCCAUUUGCGGGACGGUAUCGGGUGCUUGGGCCUACAAUAUUAUCCGGUUCACCAACAAACCAUUGCGCGAGAUUACAAGGAGUGGUUCUUUCCUCAAGAGCUUGAACUUUACUAAGAACUAAAAAAAGAAAAGAAGGCAUUUUGUUUUCUUUGGGGAGGGGGGAGGUAUAUGUAACCUUUAUACCUACAAACGAUGAAAGCUUCUAAUCUGUAGUUUUAAUGGAGAAAGGCAUCUCUUUCUCUUUAAUUCUGUUUGACUGUUUCCAUCUUUGUCAUUUACCCAUGAUUUUGUUUUUUCUUUGUCAGCCUAUCCCAUCAGUCAGUGAAUUAACUUUGGCAAAAACUAUUUUGAAAUUAUUCAGCAAGUGAUAUAUGGAGUUCUUUUUCAUUUAUGGUA